AAUGUCAAAUUCAGAAAUAUAGUGAUUUCACUUUACCGCACCCAAUAUUUUAUUUUGAAAUUAAUAUUAUUUGUACUAUUUAGCAAUAAAAUAAAAAUGGGUGAUCAUUUACCGGCAUGUGUAAUAGACGUGGGUACGGGCUACACCAAAUUAGGAUUCGCCGGUAAUAAGGAGCCGCAGUUUAUCAUUCCGUCAGCCAUAGCGAUAAAGGAAACGGCUAAAGUGGGAGAUCAAAGCACAAGACGUAUGACUAAAGCCGUAGAAGAUUUGGAUUUCUUCAUUGGCGAUGAAGCAUUUGAAGCUACGGGCUAUUCCGUCAAGUACCCAGUACGUCAUGGAUUGGUCGAAGAUUGGGAUCUUAUGGAAAGGUACAUCGAGCAAUGCAUUUUCAAAUAUCUACGAGCUGAACCGGAAGAUCAUCAUUUCUUGAUAACGGAGCCGCCAUUGAACACGCCCGAGAAUAGAGAGUAUUUAGCUGAGAUAAUGUUUGAGUCAUUCAAUGUGCCUGGUUUGUACAUAGCAGUGCAGGCGGUACUCGCUCUAGCGGCGUCAUGGAAGUCUCGUACGUCCGCAGGUCGCACAUUCACUGGUAUUGUCGUAGACAGUGGUGACGGUGUAACUCACAUUGUCCCUGUCGCUGAAGGGUAUGUAAUUGGCUCAUGUAUUAAACACAUUCCCAUUGCUGGAAGGAAUAUCACUUCCUUUAUUCAAUCCCUCCUCCGAGAACGUGAAGUUGGCAUCCCUCCUGAACAAAGCUUGGAAACAGCAAAAGCAAUCAAAGAGAGAUACAGUUAUAUCUGCCCAGAUAUUGCAAAGGAGUUUGCAAAAUAUGAUUCAGACCCCACUAAAUGGAUGAAGAAAUAUACAGGUAUAAAUGCAAUCACCAAAAACCCAUUCUCUGUUGAUGUUGGAUAUGAAAGGUUCCUGGGUCCUGAAAUUUUCUUCCAUCCAGAGUUUUCUAAUGCUGAUUUUACAGUGCCACUAAAUGAAAUGGUCGAUGAGGUUAUUCAGAGUUGUCCAAUAGAUGUUAGGCGAGGGUUGUAUGGAAACAUUGUGCUGUCUGGAGGAUCAACUAUGUUCCGAGACUUUGGAAGAAGACUGCAAAGGGAUAUAAAGAGGACUGUGGAUGCAAGAUUGAAGUUAUCCACAAUGUUGUCUGAGGGUCGUAUUACACCCAAGCCCAUUGAUGUUCAAGUCAUCUCACACAACAUGCAAAGAUAUGCAGUUUGGUUUGGAGGAAGUAUGCUUGGUUCUACACCUGAGUUUUAUCAAGUCUGUCACAGCAAGCAAGCUUAUAUGGAGUAUGGUCCGAGCAUUUGCAGGCACAACCCCGUAUUCGGCACCAUGACAUAAUAUAUUACUUACUGCCAGUAUUUAAUUUUAAAAUACAAUUUAUUGAAAUUUAUAAAUAAGACUAAAUUCAUAUUACUUAUUAAUUCAAUCAAGACUUAUUCAUUAUUUUAUGUGUUUAUAAUUUACUAUAGGAUAAAUGUGUUACUUUAAACACUCAUUAUGAUUAUAUUGCUGGACUUUGAUAAGCAUUUAAUGUAUUGCAUUCCAGCCACAGCCAAAUAGUAAGAUUUAUAAAUA